UAUGUUUAUGCAGUUGAGAGUAUCUUAUGGUGCUAGUAGUCUACCUUUAAAAUAUGGGGUUGAAAUUCAUGUAUCAAGUGAGCAAUCCUCACCAACUACAGUUAAAAUAGUUGGUGAUGAGGAGGAUGGUAUUUGCAGCUUAACUCAACCAGACUCUGCAAUAGCUACAACAAAUUAUGUUGGAUCAACUCAUAUUGGAAAUGAUGACAUGAUAAUUACAGUUACUAAAACUGGUUCUCAGGAAUCUCUUCUCAUGGUUUCAAACUGCAUGUCUGGUGGAAAGACAUUCAAUACUGACAUUCCAGUUUAUUUUGCAGUUGGUGCUCCUUCACCAUGGGUAUCUGCAACAGGAGAUCCACACUUUGCUCAAAGUGUUAGGAAGUGGUAG